GGAUUGGCGGAGGAAGACGCUGCGGCAAGAGCACAGAGGAGGAGGUGCUAGAGCGGCGCCUGCGUGAGCGCGCGUACUUCCGGUGCGUGCGGCGGACGUGACGUCACGAGGUGGGAAAUAGAAAACAGCCUACAGGUGUAUUUACUUCUCUCGCUGUUUGCUUGCAAUUUAAUUGCUUUUUUUCACCAAUUUUCGUAUUUUUCCAGCGGUUCUCGGUUUUGUUUUUCUUUGUUAAAGGUGGUUUGACAGGUCUUCAAGAUCUGCUUUGCCAGGACCCGCCGGGAAUUUUGCCCUCAAACCGUCCCUCCACCAGACAGAAAGAAAGGACCCCCCCCCCGGACCCUUUCCCCUCCGGAUCUCCCUCUCAAUGGCUCUCUGCUCCCCGGCCUCCACCUCUUCGAAGCCACGGACAGCCCCCUUCCCCGCACGGCUGAUCCCCGGCUCCCCCUACUCGGUGCUGGUCCUUCAGGAGGGCUUUUCGGAGGAGCUUUGCGACGGCAGCACCCGAGCGGACGGGACCGUCUCCCUGGUCUUGGGUCCCCAGCUCACCCUGGUGGACACAGGAGGUCCCUGGGGCCGUGAGCGGCUGCUGGCGGGGCUGGCCGAGCAGGGCGUGUCCCCUCAAGACGUCCGCCACGUGGUCUGCACCCACGGCCACUCGGACCACGUGGGCAACCUCAACCUCUUCCCCGAGGCCCUGCUGGUCGUGGGCACGGACGUCAGCCGGCCUGAUGGACGUUACCUCCCCACGGAUCUGCGCCGGGGGCUCCCCUACCCACUCCACGCGGGGCACCUGGAGGUGCUGCCCACCCCGGGCCACACGGGGAACGACGUCAGCCUGCUGGUCCGCGGCACUUCCCUGGGGGACGUCCUGGUGGCCGGAGACCUUUUUGAGCGCGAGGGAGACGAAGGAGAGUGGCAGCCGCUUAGUGAGGACCCAGCGCGGCAGGCAGGGAGCAGGGCCCGUGCCCUGGGCAUGGCGGACCUCAUUGUGCCAGGGCAUGGGGGACCCUUCCAAGUCUUCAGGGAAGGAGGUGGGUCUCGAGGGGAGGGUCUGGGUGGACUCCACGGCCUCAGCCAAGAACUGCAGAGCUGCUCUGCGUCCCCCAACAAAAAUGGUGACCAAGAAGAUGAAGGGUUUGGAAACUAAGCCUUGUGAGGAGCGGUUGAUGGCGGUGGGGACACUUAGCCAGCUAAAGAGGAGACGGAGAGGAGAUAUGAGAGGCAACUUCAAAUAUCUCAGGCCUGCCCCAUGGAAGAAGGUGCCUGCUUCUUUUCUGCCGCUCCAGAGCGCAGGGCCCAAACCAAUGGCUUCAAGCUCCAAAAAGGGAGAUUCCGACUCAGCGUCAAGAAGACUUUUCUGACGAAUUCAUCAUGUGAAAGGCUGGGCUGGAUGAAUCCCAAGUCGGAA